AGAGAAAAAAAGGAAGAGUGCAUUAAGCUGCAGCGGUGUUUGACGCUCCGUGAGAGAGACAGUUUUACCCUUUGUCCUUUUCUCCAUCUUAUUCUUCUUUCUCGUCUCCUAAGUACUUAAACAACACAGGAAAAUACAUUUAAGCAGCAAUGGGUGUCAAGUCCAAGAAGAAGGCCAAGACACGCUUGGACGCGUACUACCGCCUGGCCAAGGACCAAGGCUACCGCGCGCGUUCCGCGUACAAGCUGAUCCAGCUGAACCGCAAGUACGACUUCCUCGCCAAGUCACGCGUGUUGGUGGAUUUGUGCGCGGCGCCGGGUGGUUGGUGUCAGGUGGCGGCGCAGCACAUGGCGAUCGGCUCGAAAAUUGUCGGCGUGGAUCUCGUCCCUAUUGCCCCGAUUCGCGGCGUUAAAACCUUCGUCGGUGACAUCACGGAUGACAAGACUCGCAAGAUCAUCGUGACUUACCUGAAGAAGGAGCCGGUCGACUGCGUGAUUCACGAUGGUGCGCCGAACGUCGGUGGCGUCUGGUCACGUGACAUGUACGAUCAGAACGCCCUCGUGCUUGCCUCGGCGAGGAUGGCGUGCUCGAUGCUGAAGCUCGGCGGCUGGUUCGUCACGAAGGUGUUCCGUUCUCCUGACUUCCACAACCUGCUGUGGGUGCUGAAGCAGCUCUUCGACAAGGUGGAGGCCACGAAGCCGCAGGCCUCGCGUAUGGAGUCCGCCGAAAUCUUUGUCGUGUGCGCCGGCUACAAGGCGCCGAAGAGCGUCGAUCCUGCCUUCUUCAGCCCACAGAAGGUCUUCGCGGAGGUGGGGGCGGAGAAGGUGAUGACCCCGUCCGGCAUGCUCGUCACACCCAAGAACAACGUCCCGGCGGGCUACGACGAGUUCGCCACCGUCUCGCACCGCGUCGCGUCCUUUUCCGAUUUCCUGCGCGCCGACGACCCCAAAGGCUUCUUGAAGACCCACCACGAACUCCGCUUCAGCGACGACGCGGAUAAGGAGUUCCUGAAGUCGAAGAGCUCCAAGAAGGAGUUGGUGUACCUCUGCGGCGACCUCCAGCAAGUGGGCGAGGCGGACCUCCGCCGCAUGCUGCGCUGGCGGGAGCAGCUGCUGAAGGAGAAUGCGCGACAGCUGCAGAUGGAUGCUGACGGGGAGGAGGCGGAGGCUGAAGAAGGCAGCGAUGUGGACAGCAUGGAUGGUGACGCCGGUGGCGACCGUAGCAGCCGCAGCGAGGGCGAUGACGACGACGCAGAUCAGGACCGCAAUCGUGACUACCACUUCGACUUCGACAGCCCAGAGGGCGUCACGCAGAUCGCGCGCGAGCUGCUCGAGGUCCGCAAGAAGAAAGCAAAGGAACUCAAGAAGAAGCAGAAAAGAGUCGUGGAUCGAAAGCUGAAGCAGAUCAAGGGGCUGAUCAACUACGAUCCGAACAUGAGCGCCGAGCACAUGACGGAGACAGACGGGUUCGAUUACAAGGGCACCAGCACCGACGCCUUCGACAGGCUGGACAGGUCGGGCCGGCACCACCGCAGCGGCACCGCCGGUAGAGGGGAGGAAGACGACGACGACGACGUGGCGGCAGGCGGGGAGCCGGACGAGCUGGACAACUUCACCGUGGAGCAGCUAAGCCGCAUCCCCGAGGACGAGCUGGCGCGGAUUAUGGACACCACCCUCACAGAGCAGGCCGAUCACGGCAACGAUCCGUUGAACCCGGUCGUCUCCGUGAACCUGGCAGCGCAGGAUGAUUGGGACCUCGGCGACGGCGAGGAAGGCACCGCCGCCACUGCGGAGGAGGCGGAGCCGCACUCGAAGCAGCUCGUGGAGGGGCAGGAGUACUUCAUCGAUGUCGACAACUACGGCAACUACGUGCCGGCGGAGCGCUCCACUCGCGUCACGCUGUACGAAGCCGGUCUGGAGGGGGAGGACGAGAGGGAGGAUGGAGAAGCGGAGGACGAGGAAUCCCCUGUUGCAAAGAAGAAGCGCGCCAAGGCGGAAAAGGACGCGGCGCAGCUGGAGGAGGCCGGCAAGAGCAGCAAAUGGCAGCGUCAUCAGCUCAACGUUGAGAAGAUCCUCAACGACACCUUCCCCACACCGAAGAACCACGACCGCGUCAAGAACAAGAAGCGCCAGCGGGCGUUGGAGGAGGAGAUGAUUACGAUGAGCGCAUCAACGGAGCUGGCUGACUUUGACAAGAAGAAGCACACCCGCACUCGUUUUGAAGACCACAGCGACGAUGACGAUGACGAUGACGAUGACGAUGAUGGUGAUAGCAACGCGUCGGUGAGUGACUUGUCCGACGAGCUCAGCGACGGCGACCUCGACGGGUACGAAAUCAAUCGCGGCCGCGAAGACAGUCGCCGAAAGCGCAAGAUCGUCCCCGACGUGGGCAAGCUCACGACACAGGAGCUCGUCCGCCAGCAGCGCAAGCAGACGCUGCGGGACAACAAGGAGGUGCGCACGCAGAACAAACGCAACAAGAACAACAUGAAUGGUGCCAAGAAAAAGGGCGCGAAAGGGAAAGAGAAUACCGAGUUCGAGGAGAUCCCGAUCGCCAUGACGGACCCGGACAUCCGCGCCCGCACACUUGCGAUCGCGCAGAAGAUGUUAGACCCCCAGGCACGUCGCGCAAUUCUCGACGCCUCGGUUAACCGCUACGUCUUCAACGACGACGACGACCUGCCGGACUGGUUCGUGAAGGAUGAGCAGCGUAACUGCCGUGUGGUGCUGCCCGUGACGGCCGAGGACAUCGAGGAGCAGCGCCGCCGCUUCCAGGAGCUCAACGCACGUCCGAGCCGCAAGGUUAUGGAGGCGAUGGGCCGCAAGCGCAGAAAGGCGGAGCGCAUGUUGCGUGGCCUGAUCGAAAAGGGUAAGGCGGACCCCCGCGCACGUGAGAAGUCGGGCAACCUUAGUGUGCGCAAGCUCAUGCGUGCGCAGGUGAUCAAGGGACAAGCCAAGAAGAAGCACAAGUACCUGGAUCGCCAGCAGAUGGGCCGCAUGCGUCGCGAUCGUGAGAAGGCGAAGCGCGACAGGAAGAAGAAGUGA